UCUACAGGCGGUGUAGGUAGUGCUGUUGGAUGAAAUUGGAUGGAGAAGCCGCAGUAAAUGCGGCUCAUGAUGCCGAAACAUUCCUCUUUCAUUAUUCAGACUAGACAGAGAGAGACAGAGAGAGACAGAGGGAGGGAGAGACGCUGCGUUUAGGCAGAACUGGGAUGUGAUGCAUUAGUCCCAUCUCCUCCCUCCUUCUCCUCCUCCUAUGCUUCUCCACCGAGUGGAGCCCAAAGAUGCGCACACCACCUUGAAGCGACCUCGUUUGAAAGCAAUUGACGAUUUGUGCUCAUGAGCCUGCUCGGGGGCUACAAGAAGCGGAGCGGUUAUGAUGGUUAUGAAUCUUUGCAGUUGGUUGAUAGCGGAGGAGGAGGCGGCGGAGACUUCAGCAGCGGCGGCGGAGGAGGAGGAGGAGGAGGAUUGUCAGCACUGACCCUCGGCUCCAAGGCGCGACCAGACCACUGCAGCAUCAUGGACGGCUCAGAUAUGGAUGGGAACUAUGGAGGUGGACUGCUAGACAUGGUUAAAGGAGGUGCUGGAAAGUUCUUCAGCAACUUCAAGGACAACCUCAAGGACACCAUCAAGGACACUUCAACGAAGGUUAUGAAUCAAGUGGCCACUUAUACCAAAGGAGAGCUGGACAUUGCCUACAUCACCUCACGCAUCAUAGUGAUGUCAUACCCUGCGGAGGCUGUGGAGCUGGGCUACAGGAACCACGUGGAGGAUAUCCGGUCUUUCUUGGACUCGCGUCAUGCUGAUCAUUACACUGUUUUCAACCUGUCCCAGAGGAACUAUCGUGGAGCCAAGUUCUCCAACAGGGUGUCUGAGUGCAACUGGCCAUCCAGGCAAGCCCCGAGCCUUCACAACCUGUUUGCUGUGUGUAAGAACAUGCACAACUGGCUCAAGCAGAACCCCAAGAACGUGUGUGUGAUCACUUGCUCGGAUGGCAGGGGUCCUUCAGGUGUGCUAGUCUGUGCCAUGUUCUGCUUCUGCCACCUUUUCACGAACCCCGUACCUGCCAUGCAACUGCUCAGCGCCAAGAGACCCGGAUCGGGCCUGUGGCCCUCACACAGGAGGUAUAUAGGAUAUGUGUGUAGCAUGGUUUUAGAGAAGCCCACAUUGCCUCACUCCAAACCGCUGGUAAUCAAAGCUGUCACGAUGAAUCCCAUACCCUGCUUCAACAAACAGCGCAGCGGCUGUCGACCUUUUUGUGACGUCCUGAUCGGCGAGACGAAGAUUUUCUCCACGGCACAGGAGUAUGAGAGGAUGAGGGAGUACAGGGUGCAUGAGGGAAAAGUGGUUUUCAACCUGGGAGUGAGUGUCCAAGGCGAUGUCGUGAUCUCAGCCUACCACAUGCGCUCCCAUGCACUACAAGCCAAGGUGACCAACACACAGAUAUUCCAGAUUCAGUUCCAUACUGGCUUCAUUGCCCCUGGCACAACGGUCCUAAAGUUCAUGAAGUCAGAGCUGGAUGCGUGCGAUUCUCCAGACAAGUAUCCUCAGCUGUUUCAAGUGCUGCUGGAGAUUGAGGUAGAGAAGACAGAGAAGCAGAAAGAUCUCACGCCACCCUGGGAACAGUUCCCCACUAAAGACCUGAGCCCAAAUGUGCUGUUCUCCUGCCACCAGGAACACAAGGAUGCUCUGGCUGUUACAGAUCCAGCGCAGAACCAAGCAACCCAGGGGGGCCGUGUGGGCCCGAAUGAGGAGAGUGAGCCCUCAGAUGAUGACAUGCUCUCGCUCUCCAGCCAGCAGAGCAGUGGCAGCGGCGAGAAAGCCAAAGGGGCCAGUAAAGCCGAAGCUCAGCACCCCGCUCCUUCCAAACCUCCCGCCGAGGACGUUGACCUCCUGGGCCUGAAUGGAGGUGACAUUCAGCCACCUCUGACUUCCCCACAGCCUCCUGCAAGCACUGGCACCACCACUGACCUCCUGGGAGAUCUAUUCGGAGCUUCAGCAUCUCAGUUAUCCAGUGGCCCCAACUCUGCCCAGUCCACUCCUAAAAGGACUGCCUCCUCAACCUCGCCUUGUCCCUCUCCUAGACCUGCAGACAGUUUUGACUUGUUCGGGUCAGCUGCAUCUGCUGCAAAGCCUCAAGACUUUAUGGAGGCCUUCCUGGGACCAGGUAAUGUGGGGCAGCCUGCGCCCUUCCUGCAUGCUGCACGCUCUCCAUCUCCCACCUUGCAAAACACGGGCUUGGGCCGCAGCUCGCCCGUGCCCCCGACUACACCCACUGUAAACAUCCAGCAGCAGAGCACUAUGGGAGGAGGAUGGGACUGGAACAAAACAGCUCCCCCUGUAGGUGGUGGUGUCAGUGUAGGCAGUAAAUCAGCUGGUACGAGUCCUACCAGCUCUGUACACAACACUCCUACUCAUCAGGCCAAACCGAACACCCUGGACCCUUUCGCUGACCUUGGCAACCUUGGAGGGAGUCUGGGAGGUGGAUCAGGAUUCUCCAGUAAGCCCACCACUCCAACUGGAGGAGGAGGAGCAGCAGGAGGAUUUCCUCCCAUGAGUUCCCCCCAGAGGCCCCCUGCCUCCCCUCAACACACCUCAGCAGGCUGGCAGUCCAGCACCGCAUUCCCCGCAUGGCAGCAUGGAGGUGCAGGUCAGUGGCAGCCCCAGGCUCAGGGCAAGACCCCAGGACCGUCCAUGACACACAGCUCUCCUCAGAACAGACCCAACUACAACGUCAGCUUCUCAGCCGUGGGUGGAGCCGCGCCUGCAGGGAAACCGCAGCCCAACAUGGGUACCAAACCGCGGGCUACUGACGCUAAUUUUGAUGACCUGCUGUCUGGCCAAGGCUUUACAGGCGUUAAGGAAAAGAAAGGCCCAAAGACUAUAGCAGAGAUGAGAAAAGAGGAGAUGGCAAAAGAGAUGGAUCCUGAAAAACUCAAGAUCCUAGACUGGAUAGAGGGGAAGGAGCGCAACAUCCGCGCUCUACUCUCCACCAUGCACACGGUGCUGUGGGAGGGCGAGAACCGCUGGAAACCCGUGGGCAUGGCUGACCUCGUCACUCCUGAACAAGUGAAGAAGGUCUAUCGCAAGGCGGUGCUGGUCGUCCACCCUGACAAGGCGACUGGGCAGCCGUAUGAACAAUACGCCAAGAUGAUUUUUAUGGAACUAAACGAUGCGUGGUCAGAGUUUGAAAGUCAAGGACAAAAAGCUCUUUACUGAGACUUACUGCACCAGACGGCCGCAGAAAAACCCAACCUACUGCAGUUUAUGACAUAAUCGGUCAUCGUCUCCACGUCAGAACAGCAUGAGACUACGACCACGGUUAUCAGAACCCCCCUCUGCCGUUCUCCUCCCUCUCCUAAAUCCUGCUCCAUACCCCACAGACACCAGAGCAUUCGUCUGCAUAGUGUGCUUGUCCAAGUGUCAUUCUGUAAUGACUUACAUAAACCGGUCUCUGAUGAAUCAGCUGAUGAUCGAGCUACUACAUAAGCUUAGACAGUUUCAGAUGUUCUCCAUAGAGCUAGAAUGUACAUGUACACAUCUUUCUUAUGUUCCACAGUAUUUCUUUCAUUUUUUUUUGUAGUUAGCUAGUUCAGCAACUAAAAACCUGCUACACAUUAAACUGAUCUGAGUGGUGUAGACCAUGUGCAAGUCCGAGACGAUGCUGAAGAGUGGCCUUAUUGUUCCUUAGCACCAGGAGUUAAAAGCAAAGGUCAAAGGUUAGCAUGAGGAAACACUACACAGUUAAGAAAAAAUCCUGCUCUUUUACACAUCUACUGUACCCUGUGUUGAGAAGUGCAGGAAUGAAAAGCACAGAAAUACUACGUAGACAUGUCCUGUACACGCAGCUCGAUAUCUUGAUAUAUUUAAUAGGAUCUGUGAAAUACACAUAACUAGGAGUUGAAUUUUUCCACUCACUACUGAUGUAUCUGUGUGUAUGAAAUGUGCUGCACUGUAUUUUAUGUUGUAUUGUUUACAAAAGUAGUCUUAGGACUAAUGGUUUAUUUACAGCAUAGAGAGCGAGAGUCUGAAACAAGUAAAAACACAAGUAGCUAUUAAUAAUAAUAAUAAUAAUAAUAAUAAUAAUAAUAAUCAUGCCGAAUUAAUGUAUAGUAUCGUAUUGUGAGGUUAGUUAAUUUUUUUUUUUAUACAUUAGGCGAGUACUAGGGUCAUAACACUGGAAAAGAUAUAGUGCACAUUUAUUAAAGUGAUCAUAAGUACUGGGAUAAUAGUCAGUAUGCCUGAAGAAAAACCUUUUUAACACUACACAAUUAUUGUAAAGUGAAUAGAUUUUCUUUUUAAUAAGAUAUUUUUUUUAAUGACAUUCUGACAUUUGGUGACGUUCAAUAUUCACAUUAUCCUUUUAAUUAGUUCUAAUUGGCUUAAUGAAUAAAUAGCAAAUAACUAAUGUUUCAAAUGUUCCAGACAUAAAAUGAUACUCCAAAAAAAAAAAAUAGGGAACACUUGUCCUUUGUAUAUGUAUGCACGGUUUUAAGUUCAUGACAUCUAUUUGAUGUUUUUUUUGGAUUUAUUUGAUUUUUUUUUUUACAUUUAAUUAUAGUGCUAGAGUUCCUGCAUAUCAUAAGAAAUACAAUAAUAUAAAAUACCUAAUUAUGUCUCUUAUGAUUCUUAUUGUAAUUUAUCAGAAAUUUACUAGGUUUUUCUUUUUUACUAGUCAUUUCUUGACUUAAUCAAGAUUUUUAUUUGACCUGAACAUGUGUGAGAGCGUGUGUGUGUGUGUGUGAAUGUGUGUGAAUUCUCCCAAUUUAUUGACCAGUGCUAACUCCUUAAAGGUCUUGUUUGUUAGGUAAUGUGAAUGACAGAAUCUGCAUCGCUUCUCUUGCUGUAGAGAUCAUUCAGUUUAAUUUCACAUGCACAUAAAGAAAACCUCAUUAUUUAUUGUCACCCACACUGAACUUCCUCAAGUCAACUUCUGCAAUAUUUGGAUAGUUUUAAGUCCAGUGUAGACCUCCAGAGAGGUACACGAUCCAGAUGUGAUGACUCUUAGUGUGGGACAGCCACACAACUGAUCUGCCCUUUCGCAAUUGGUAUAUUUGCACUGGAGUGGCACUCUUCAACUAUGAUAUAUACGAUAGAUAUGUGCAUUAACAUGCAGUACCAACAUUGCUCAUCGUGUGAAAACCUGAACCCCGUUGUUGACAUGUAGGGCUCUUCUGGAUCUUUCAUUCGACUGCCUCUCCCUCUCUGCAAUCAAAAGUCUUACUUGAACGUCUUCUUAAAAUAUCAAGCACUGAUUUCUGGAUGGACCCCUGCACUCGGAACCAAACAUUCCUCUUCCCUUACCUGUCGUGGACUGACUUUUCUUCCUCCUCGAGGCUGUCCUGUUGUUCUGAAGCUAAUAUCUGUAUACAGUAGUGAAUGUGUGGUGUUACCAAUAAUACUGUAAUAUGUAUGUAAGAAGGUGGUUUGGAUACAGCUCUGUGUUUGCCUGUCUGCUGUAUCCCCCUUACUGAAACGUGAACUUUAUUUGACGUGUUCCCUCUUUUGGUUUCACCAGUAAACAUGAGCUGCACCAAUAAAUGGGCAAGAGAGUAUGCGAUCGAUUAAA